AGCCUGCGUGUCAGUGCAGUUAACUUGCAGCAGGGCUGUGAGAACUACUGGCUUUGUCCUGAAUAGCUUCUUUUUUUUUUUUUUUCUUUUUUUUUCUUCCCCACUUUUUUCGGCUUUUUCCCCCCCUCUUAAUUUUUGUUACAUACCUGAAACAGAGUAAAACUACCUACCAGAGUGAAAAAAAAAAAAAUACCACAACUUGGAAAAUCACCAUCAACUUCAUGGGCAUCGUAGAACCGUCCUGUGAUCAUUAAGGAUUUUACAUCCCUUUCAUGUAGUUCUUGUGCCUUUUGUUGUUGGAGGCUGGGCCUUUUUAUCUUGAGUUGAGUUUAGGGAGAGCCAGGAGCAGCUCCGAAAGCCUUGAGCCGCCUUUCUCCUUCUCUGUGGGUGAAGCAAGGAAGCUGGUCUUUCCUGCUAACCUGAUAAAUGCUCUUUAUGAAGAUGGAUCUGUUGAACUAUCAGUAUCUGGACAAGAUGAAUAACAAUAUUGGCAUUCUGUGUUACGAAGGGGAAGCAGCAUUGCGUAAUGAACCUCGAAUGCAACCGCUACCAAUGUCCUCCUCCUUGACCAACCAUCGGACAGGACCUCCACCUAUCAGCCCAAACAAGCGAAGGUUUAGUAUGGACCAAGGAGAUGACGAAUUAGACUGUGAUCAUGACCACGUUGCAAAAAUGAGUCGAAUGUUUCCUUCACAUCUACCCAAGGGCCUUAAUGGGGAUUAUCGUAAAGAACCUAGAGAGAGAAGUCGGAGCCCGAUAGAACGGGCUGCUGCACCAACUAUGAGUUUACAUGCAAGUCAUUUGUAUGCCUCAAUCCCAGCCCUCAGCAUGGAUCAACCGUUGGCCCUCACGAAAAACAGCAUGGAUGUGUCUCGAACCACUGGCCUGACACCGUCAUUGUCUCCUGUAGAGCGGCAACAGAAUCGACCAUCUGUAAUAACAUGUGCGCCAGCAAGCAACCGAAACUGCAACCUCUCACAUUGCCCUGUGGCUCACAGCGGAUGUGCCACUGCUGUGCCUGCAAACUUCAGAAGAUUGAACAAUAACAAGAUAAAUGCUAAUACUGCCUGUGACCCAGUUGUGGAAGAACAUUUUCGCAGAAGUCUAGGCAAGAAUUACAAGGAACCUGAGCCAGUGGCAAACUCUGUUUCCAUUACUGGGUCUGUAGAUGAUCAUUUUGCCAAGGCACUUGGAGAUACAUGGCUCCAGAUCAAAGCUGCCAAGGAUGGAGUCUCCAGCAGUCCUGAGUCUGCAUCUCGAAGGGGCCAAUCUUCACCAUCCUCUCACAUGAUUAAUCAUAAUCACUCCCCAUCUGUUCUUUCAUAGACAGAGCAUUAAGGCCAUUCUCAGAGAUCAGAAUUGCAUGAUUUGACUGGGCUUUCAACCAUACUAAAGAAUAGUGUCAGGCGAAAGAUUUUAACAAUUUGUUUUUUUUUUUGUUUUUUUAUACAUGCUUGGCAUUUAAUAGAUGCCUUUAAAGAAACGUUAUAGCAGGAACUAUUGUGUUUUGUUUUUUAUUAUUAUAUUCUAAUGUAGCAUCCUAACUUCCUGUCUCUGUUACCAAAGAAACCUCUGCUGCAGAGUCACAUAACCCCUUAAUUUUAUGGAGAAAAACACGUUGUUUUAGUUGGUUGACCCAAAUGAUUUUCGCUUAUUAUCCUUUGAGAGUAGAAUGUGUGUGGUUUGUCUUCAUUGUUUUUUGUUUUUUUCUGUAACGUUGUGUGUCCUUACUUGAAAAGAACUGUCAUGUCUGAUUUGCACUAUUGGAGGCGGAUUGAGUUACCUUGCAACGUUUUAGAGGAACAUUCAGAGGGUAAACUGUUUAGUAUUAAGAUUAAAGAUUGUUUUUCAGCCAGUAAAAUAAGCAGCAUACUACUCUGGAAGGGAAACAAAAGGACAGGUAUUAGGGUUUUCUCUCUCUACCAGAUGUUUGUUUCUUGCAAUUAGGCUGAACCAUUCAGAACAAGGGCAUUGAGGUCUAUGUGAACACUGCAGCUUGCUGGAGAGGUUGGGUUAUAUCAUAGUACAGUUAAUGGAUGUUUCAUGAAGAAUAGCUGGUAUCUAUUAAUGUAACAGUGUCAAGGAAAGAACCAAAUGCUUAUUGGCCUCUUCAGAACUGGUCUUUAGAACUGGUUUGUUUUUGUCAGUCCUCCACUUAAUUACUGCUGGUGCAGUCAUACUAAGAUAAUUUUGUUUUCACCUAUUGGUAACCAGCUAUAGCCUCUGGGAAGGCAACUGUUAAUUGGUUUCAUAUGAAAUUUAAUGGUACAGGAAGCUACGUGUUUCAUUUAUCCCCAACCCUUUGUGUGCUAGUUUUCACUCAUUUAGCAGCCGUGGUUUUAGACAGAUAAGCUGUUGACCUGUCCGUUUGGUAUAUCAAACACAUCUGUAAUGUCACGGUGAGAUGUUUUGGAUUUAAAGCUUCAAUGUAAACCAUUGUCUGGUUACAUACAUUCCUCUUGAUGCAGCUAAACGUUGUUUAGGUUCUUUAGUUAAACGUGAAAUCGCUCCUAACCCAACGGUAAAGUCAGAAAAGUUUCUAGGUUAACACGCUUGGCAUUUUUGACAUGUAGUCCUUCUAGUUAUAUGUAAACCCCUACAUUCCCAGUGACCAUUCAAGGACUUUCAUAUAUUUCUAUUACUGGUUUAUAUAGUAUAGGAAUGGAUUUAAUGGAAGAGAAAAUGCUUAUCUUGUGGAUGUCUACUAAACAUGGAUGUGGUCCAUGCACUCUUGGCUGUUUCACAUUAGCUUCUCCAUUUUCAAUGGUAUAGCACAGGAUUGUGCCACAUGAGUGGUUUACGUUCUAGAUUGCUAAUCUGGAAGUAAUGAUUCCUGUCUCAUGCAUUUCACUCUAUUUGACUGGGUGGUCAAUGCUCUGCUGCUUUGGCAUUCAGUACCCCUACGCCUAUGUAGGAAAAACCUUUUAAAUGAACACUUUUUUUUUUUUUUUUAAUAUAUCCGUAACUAAAAGACCAUCAUUACGCUGUGCGUAAAGAAUGUACAGAGAAAUUUGUAGGUAUUUUUUGGAGAACAAUUAAUUUGUUAAUGAUAUGUAGCUAUUUAAUUUGCUCUUUUCUUUUUAUUGUAAUCAUUAAGUUUGGUUUAUUUUGUUUUGUUUUUUUUCUUGUUUUAUCUUUUUCGUUUGGAGAAAAAAAGUUGAUCUUUUUUGUUGUAGAUGUCUGUUAUACAGUAAAGUGCAGGAACACAUUUAUUCUACGUAAACACUGCAUUAACCUUUUUAAUAAGCCACUAUGUGUUAUUGCGACAGGCUGCUGGGUAUAGCUCCAGGGAUCGGCUCUGCAGAUUUAAAGAACCACACCCUUUGUAUUUAUACAAAGGACAUUUGGUAAUUGAUUCUUUUUUGUUGUUGUUAAUAUUUUACACGGCCUGUUGGGCCUAUCUGAGAUAGGUGAAACAAUUAAAGACGGCACAGGUGGUACAACUAAAACACUUAAAAACAAGCACUCAUUUCUUAAGGAAAAAUUGUGUCAUUUUGUCUUUUUACCCCAAACAUAUAAAUGUACGGUCUUACACAUUGUUCCGAUUAAUAUUUACUGACCUGUAUUGAUUAUCACGAUCAGGUACCAGACAGAACUUGGACUUUUUUUCAGACAGAUUUUUUUUUUUAACUGAUAGAAAAAUGUUUAUUUGAAGGGACUCUGUUAUAAAAACAUGUUUGUGCAUUAUCCAUCCAGCACUUUCAAACUGCCUAUACACUGUGUUGAUCAUAUUUUAAGUGAGUGCAGCAGUAUGUGUGGGUUGUUUUUUUUUUUUAAACAGUGGAAUAAAAGUUUAAUAACGUGGGCACCAUGGAAUGUGUAGAGCUUAAUCGGUCUUAUUGUCAAAAUCCUUGUUUUUGAUAGGCUACCGGCAUCAUAUUGUUUUGUUCUGUUUUUCAGGCAGCUUUUCAUAUUUAAAAAAUGUAACGAUCACUGAGGGUUUAAAAUUGACACAUUUUCAAAGAGAAUUUCAGGUUGCAGAGCCACUUGAAAGAAUAAACAUUGAGUGCAAAUGAAAACGCAUUUUGCACAGACAAUACUGGUGAGGAAAAAAUAAAGAUUAUUUUCAGCCUUUGAGAUCAAUAUGGACUUGAGAAAACCGCAUUAGAAACAAGUCUAUUUCCCCCACAGAUCAACAAUCUGCAGUACAUUUCCAUGUUUGUAAAUCUGUAAUAUAGCUUUCUUGUGUCCUUGUUUCGACUGGAAACAGGGUUAAAAAAGGUUUGGCAGGCCAUCUUUUUUUUUUUUUUUUUUUUGUACUUAAAAGUAGCCUUAAAGAACAAUAAAGUGCUCUUAAACCACCACA